GGAUCCGGGGCUCAGCGGAGCUAAGGCGGCGGCGCCCGCCCGCGCAGCCCGCUCGCCGGCGCCUGGCUCUCACAAUGAUGAAGAAGAAGAAGUUUAAGUUUAAGGUGGACUUCGAGCUCGAGGAGCUCUCCUCGGUACCCUUCGUCAAUGGGGUCCUCUUCUGUAAGAUGCGGCUGCUGGACGGCGGCAGCUUCACCGCGGAGUCCUCCAGGGAAGUGGUUCAAGCAAACUGCGUUCACUGGAGAAAGAAGUUCUCAUUUAUGUGCAAAAUGAGUGCCAGUGCUGCCACAGGAAUCCUCGACCCAUGUAUCUACAGAGUAUCUGUGAGGAAGGAAUUAAAAGGUGGAAAAGCUUAUGCAAAGCUGGGCUUUGCAGAUCUAAACCUGGCAGAGUUUGCUGGAUCAGGAAAUACCACUCGUCGCUGUUUACUGGAAGGCUAUGAUACCAAAAAUACAAGGCAGGAUAAUUCCAUUCUUAAAGUUUUGAUCAGUAUGCAGCUGAUGUCUGGUGACCCAUGUUUUAAAACACCUCCCUCUACAUCGAUGUCAAUACCAAUUGCUGGUGAAUCUGAGUCUCUGGAAGAAGACAGGAAAGGUGGAGAGACUCUCAAAGUCCAUCUUGGAAUAGCAGAUCUUUCAGCAAAAAGUGCCUCUGUUCCAGAUGAACUUGGUGCCUGUGGACAUUCCAGAACAUCAAGCUAUGCAAGCCAGCAGUCAAAAGUAUCAGGGUAUAGCACAUGUCACUCCCGGUCAUCAAGUUUCUCUGAGCUCUGCCACAGGAGAAAUACCUCAGUGGGAAGUACAUCAACAGGAAUUGAAAGUAUUCUAGAGCCAUGUGAUGAAAUUGAGCAAAAAAUAGCUGAUCCAAAUCUUGAUGCAGCUGAUAAAGAAGAUGUAGCCUCUGAAAAACUCAACAGAUGCCCAAUGAACCAGGAUUCUGUAGAAUCUCAGAUGAAGCGAGUUGAUGACACCAGAGUGGAUGCAGAUGAUAUUGUGGAAAAAAUAUUACAAAGUCAAGACUUCAGCCUAGAUUCCAGUGCAGAAGAAGAAGGACUGAGGUUAUUUGUGGGUCCUGGUGGAAGUACAACCUUUGGCAGUCAUCAUCUUCCAAACAGGGUGGGGUCUGGAGCUUAUGAACAAGUUGUGAUCAAACGCUAGCAGUCAAGCCGGAGAUCUGAAGCUUCCCUGUGGAUUUAAAGUGUGGGCAGUUGAUGUAUGGAGGCAUUUUAGUCGAGCACUUAAAAGGAAUCUGUGAACCUCAUCUGUCAAGAAGAAAGCCAAUGCUGAUUUCGUCUCCAAAAGCGCCCACCUUCCCCACCCAGUGAGAAGGAACAUCUGAAUGGUAUUCUCAAGGCAGUGUGCCAGAGUGUGCCUUGGAGGUGCACUGCUCCUGUGGCUACUGCACAUGACAGUGAAAAACUGUUCUUUCUUUCAAAAUACCCAAUGGAAAAACAGCACUAGAUAUGUCUGAGUAUAAUUUUAGUAUUCAAGAGUAAAAUCUGUGAUAGAGGUGCUCAAUA